CCUCGCUCGGUGCUUAUAAAGACAGUGUUCGGGCGCCAGUGCUCAUUGUCUUUCACAGCUCGUAAGCGAAGGAGUUAAAUUAACAAAGCAGGCUGCACACCAGCUGCAAGAUCUCCGCAGAAAUGGCAGCGUUUCCUAUCAUCCUGUGGAUCCUACACUAUGUCAUCUGCAUUUUGGCAACGGAUUACGAAGAUGUGCAAUAUAUUAAUGGAAUGCCAAAUAAAAUCUCGGUUUUACCAGAUGGCUCCUGCAGAUGCCAGAAGGAGCUGACUAAGUGGGACAAGCUGUUCGUCAUGCUGGAAGACUCCCAGAUGAAGCAGAACAUGCUGCAGCACGCCAUCCAGGAGGUGUGCCGGGUGGACUGCCGGAGGAUGCAGUCGGAGGUGCACCAGAUGACGGCCGCCUUUGCCGACACUGCCGCCAGAGCGGUGGAGAGGGCAAUGUUGCAGCUGGCCGCCCGCGCCGACUGGAAGCCGGCCUACAAGGUGGAAGACUUCGGCAAGUCCAAGACGGAAAACGAGUCGGAGCAGAAAAACACCCUGCAACAGCUCCUGGCCGUGACGCAGGAUCUGUCCGUCAGACUCCAAGCGCUGGAGGUGUCUUGGCAGAAGGCGAUGCUCGUCACAUUUCAGAGUUCAUCCCAAGACGGCAACAAAUUGGCUCAGAGAAAGCCGGAGACCUUCCUGGAUUCCUUCGGACCGAAGCGUCCUGGUGGAGACGACGCCGAGACACAGAGAUGCUCGGCCACACACAUCUUGCCAUCAGGCUACGAGAUGGCUCUGAUCUUUCCAAUGCGUUCACGGACGAUCUACGCGAGCGUGCAUCCGGACACCAUGACUCUCAGCUCGUUCACGGCCUCCGUGUGGGUGAAGGCUUCCGCCUCGCAGGAGAAGACCGUGGUGUUCUCGUACGGGACCAAGAGAAAUCCUUUUGAGAUCCAGCUCUACCUCAGCCGCUCGUCGGCCAUCUUCUCAGUGCACGCCAACACCAGCCGGGCGGUGGCCCACAAUGCCGUCUCCCUCGGGGAGUGGUCCCACCUCUGUGCCAGCUGGGACUCUGGCCACGGGAACGCCACCCUCUGGGUGAACGGCCAAGUGGCCGCCAGCUUGUCGGGGGUGGCCGUGGGCCGGGUGGUCCCCGACCGAGGACUGCUCCAGCUCGGCCAAGAGAAGAACGGCUGCUGCGUGGGCGGCGGCUUCGACAAGAACCUGGCCUUUGCGGGAAAGUUGACUGGGUUCAACAUUUGGGACCGAGUCCUCUCCGAACACGAGAUCCAAAGCUUGGCCAGUCGGGAGUCUUCCCGCAGCAGGGCGGGGAAUGUUGUUGCUUGGGGCGUGACCGAGGUCCAGGCACACGGGAGUGCAACAUUCAUCUAUCAUUAAUUGAAAUGAAUUCUCAAAUUCCCCAAUUAAAACCCUCAAAGAACGGACCUGAAAUUGCUAAUGUCACAUCUCCGAUUGUCGGCCUAUGAGAUAGAAUCCUAUUUACACUUCACUGCAAAAUCUGGCGUCAUCCUGAUUUGCAUGACGCUACAAAAUCCUCCAGAGUGUAGUUUAAACCUCCCACAGUGUCCCGGGUUCGUUCCUGACCACGGGCGCUGUCUGCACGGAGUUUGUACCUUCUCCCCGUGACAUUGCGUGGGUUUUCUCCAAGAUCUUCGGUUUCCUCCCACACUCUGAAGAUGCAAGGGUUUGUAGGUAAAUUGGUUUGGUGGAAGUGUAAAAUUGGCCCUAGGAUAGCGUGUAGGAUAGUGUAAAUGUGCUGGUCGGCGCGGACUCGGUGGGCCGAAGGGCCUGUUUCCGCGCUGUAUCUCUAAACUAAACCAGUAAAGUUGGGCAUGGAAAUAAGAUUCCCCCCCCCCCCCCCCCCCCCACAUAGAUUAACGCUUUUACUAAGACACAGGACAAACAGAUGCAAUAUUUGCUUCCUCUCCUGUGUUUGCCAGCAACUGCAGAAGUCAUGUUAUCGCAUUGUUAAAUCUUAAGCACGGUCAAUUCAGAUUUGAAGUUGCAGCAUUUGCAGCACUGUAAAAUGAAAAAACUGUACAUUUAAUAAUUUAUCCUCCAGAUCCCUGGAGCUGUCUGACCUGAUUCACUCCAGGAGUAAGGUCUAAUGUCGCUCGCAAAUAUAAAGCUACCCUUCAAAGCAGUUCAUUUCUUUCAGAUACUUUUACUUCACCAUUUUGUUUUUACUGUAAAGCGCAAAAGAAAUAGCGUAGAUACUUUCACGUAAUGUUAAAUGAUUAAUUAGCAAGAGACAUUUAUUUUUUAAAUGGUGUGCACUUAACCACUUCAGAAAUAGCAUUGCUCAUCUUAUGCACUAAGAUGCAAGUGAAACCAUAACUUUGUGAUCUAAUCUAUAUUGCCUUACAACACAAAAGUCGCCGUGAUACUGCAAAAGGCUUCUGAUAUUAAUCAUCUAAUUGUAUGAUCAGAAAGAGUCUAAUUUUGUAAUAAACUGAUAUUAAACAAUA